AUGGCUUUAGUGAGAUUGGAAGCUUCAUCCAAAAACCAUAAGCAUUACUCAAACAUGAGGCAUUCCAAGGCCAUCAUUUACACGAUAUGCUUUCAGUUAAUCGUCUUAAGUUACACAGGAACAGGUGAUGAAACUUCUGUAAUCAUGUUUGGAAUUAAUUAUCCAUUCGCUUUCGCUGAAAACUUUUUUCCUUGA